CGCGAGCCUCCAGCCGACGUUGAACAUUAUUGGUUGAGAGAGAUGUGACCUCAUCAUCACGCGACCAACCACGGCGUUGGCCUUCGAGAGCUGGGAACCUACUUUUCAAACUACGACAGGCUUGAAUUUAGGCAUCAUGGCAACAGACGGUGUGGAAUCGACUAGUGAAGAGGUCCCGGUUCCUGGGAAGGUCAGCACCAGGUUUGACCUGGAGAAGGAGACGGAACUUCGGUUUGAGGUGGAGGCCGGGGAGGCAGUGGAGCAGGUGGAGCUGGAGCUCCUUACAGGCAUGGCGGAGGUGUUUGGCUCCGAGCUGAACCGCAACAAGAAGUACACAUUUGGACCGGGCGCUAAGAUUGCAGUUUUCACUUGGCAAGGCUGCAGUGUCAAUCUUUAUGGGAAGCCAGAGGUGGCUUAUGUUUCAAAGGAUACUCCCAUGCUGCUUUACCUGAACACACAUGCUGCCCUGGAACAGAUGAGAAAACAAGCAGAGAGGGACAACGAGAGGGGGCCGAGGGUGAUGGUGGUUGGACCUACAGAUGUGGGAAAGUCAACAGUGUGCCGUCUGCUACUAAGCUAUGCUGUAAGGGUGGGCCGGAGGCCAACGUUGGUGGAACUGGAUGUUGGACAGAGUGGGGUGUCUGUACCCGGUACAGUGUCGGCACUGUGCAUUGAGCGCCCGGCAGAUGUAGAGGAGGGUUUUUCAGUCCAGGCUCCUUUGGUGUACCACUUUGGCUCUACUACCCCUGGGACCAAUAUCAAACUAUAUAAUAAGCUAACGUCGUGCUUAGCCGAGGUGUUUUCCCAGCGCUGUGAGGUGAACCGGAAAGCUAGUGUGGGCGGCUGCAUCAUCAACACCUGCGGCUGGGUGAAGGGCUCUGGAUACCAGGCUCUAGUGCACUGUGCCUCUGCCUUCGAGGUGGACGUGGUGCUGGUGCUGGACCACGAGCGGCUCUACAAUGAACUCAAACGAGACCUCCCCCACUUUGUGCGGGUUGUUCUCCUACCCAAGUCCGGGGGGGUCGUAGAGCGCUCCAAGGAGUGCCGGCGGGACACGCGGGAUGAGAAGAUCCGUGAGUAUUUCUACGGCUUCCGUGGAGUGACCUUCUACCCCUUCUCCUACGAAGUGCGUUUCUCCGACGUCCGCAUCUACAAAAUCGGAGCGCCAUCCAUCCCGGACUCUUGCUUGCCACUGGGAAUGUCUCAGGAUGACACACAGCUAAAGCUUGUGCCCGUGACGCCGGGGAGGGACCUCACGUAUCAUGUGCUAAGCGUGAGCAGUGCAGAGGACGGAGAGGAAGGUGCCAGAAAGGGUAUUGUAGAGAGCCCCGUGUGUGGCUUUAUAGUGGUGACUAAUGUGGACACUCAGACACAGGUGAUGAAAGUGCUGUCCCCAGCGCCCAGACCACUGCCCAGGCACACGCUACUCAUCAUGGACAUCCGCUUCAUGGACAUGAAAUGAAGGGAAGAGCACUUUGUUGGGGAGGAGUUCUGUAAAGAAAUGUAGUUUCCUAGUUGGGUCUUUGUGUUUCUCUGUAUGAGCUAAAGAUGGCAAAAGAUGGAAGGUUCAGUACAGUUGCUGUAAAUUAUACCCUGUUUUUUAGCCCACAAUGCACAGAUGUUUGGGAAAUAUGUGGCACGGGAUGUUUUUAUCAGUGCCCUAAUCACCUUUUUGAUAAUGUUUCAUCUACAUUGUUUUUCUUCUGCGUAAUAAAUUUCUGAAAUGUAAAACA